AUGGAGAGGAGUGAGGUGAGCCUGAGAGUUGCUUGCAGGAAAGAGCAUUACCACAUCUUGACUUCGGUGAUGGAUCCAGGAAACUACAUAAUGAUUUCCAGGCAAAAUCUCAAAUCACUUCCUUUUCUGCAGGUCACAAGUAAUAGUGACUUUCAAACAAUGACCCAAAAUAAGCUGGUGAGAGGACAUGCUUACGCAGUAACUGGCCUGGAGGAUGUCCGCUACAGAGGCAAAGUGGAAACUCUCAUUCGGAUCCAGAAUCCCUGGGGCCGGAUCGAGUGGAAUGGAGCCUGGAGUGACACAGCCAAGGAGUGGGAAGAGGUGAGCCCGGACAUCCAGUUACAGCUACAGCAAAAGAAGGAAAAUGGGGAGUUCUGGAUGUCCUAUGAUGACUUUAUGAGCAACUUUACACUCCUGGAGAUCUGCAAUCUCACCCCAGAUGCACUCAUCCCCUUGGAACACAAUAGCUGCUGGCACACAACGGUCUAUGAGGGCAGCUGGCGGAAAGGGAGCACUGCAGGGGGCUGCAGAAACAACCCCGACACGUUCUGGAGCAACCCCCAGUUUAAGAUCUCUCUCCCAGAGGAGGACGACCCAGAGAAUGACUCUGAGAAAGACGACAUGGUCUGCACCUGCCUGGUGGCCCUGAUGCAGAAGAACUGGAGACAUGCUCGGCCUGAGGGAGCCCAGCUGCUCACCAUCGGCUUUGUCAUCUUCUCGGUCCCGAAGGAGUUUCAGAAUGUCCGGGACAUCCAUCUGAAGAAAGAGUUCUUCAUGAAAUAUCAAGACCACGGCUUUUCGGAGAUCUUCACCAACGCGCGGGAGGUGAACAGCCACCUUCGGCUGCCCCCAGGGGAAUACAUCAUUAUUCCCUCCACCUUUGAGCCCUACAAAGAUGCUGACUUCCUGCUUCGGGUCUUCACGGAGAAACACAGUGAGACCUUGUUGCUGGAUGACGCCAACUGGGCUGAGCAUCUCCAAGAGGAGACCAUCUCUGAGAAGGAUGUGGACCAGGACUCCGGUGACUUGUUUGGGAUAGUGGCAAAUAGGGACAAGGAAGUGGGUAUGUUUGAGUUACAAAGACUCCUCAACAAGAUGGCAUCUAAAUUCAAGAACCUUAAGACCAAGGGCUUUAGCCUGGAUGUCUGUCGCCGCAUGGUCAACCUCAUGGAUAAAGAUGGUACUGGCAAGCUGGGCUUUCUGGAGUUCCAGAUCCUGUGGAAAAAGAUCAAGAAAUGGACAGACAUCUUCAAAGAGUGUGACCAGGACUGCUCAGGGACCUUGAACUCCUACGAGAUGCGCUUGGCAGUAGAGAAAGCAGGCAUUAAGAUGAACAACAAGCUGACUGAGGCGGUGGUUGCCCGGUACGCAGAUGAAAACAUGAUCGUGGACUUUGACAACUUCAUCAACUGUUUCCUCAGGCUAAAGGCCAUGUUUGCGUUCUUCCUAUCCAUGGACACCAACAAAACUGGUUCUAUUUGCUUGACUAUAGAGCAGUGGCUACAAAUAACCAUGUGGGGGUAG